CUUUCCCCGAGGCCAUGGAGGGGGCGCUCGACUGAUUCGUCCCGGCCGACUGACCUUCCACCUCCUAGCCCAAGCGGCCCACAGGCCGUUAUGGACGGAGUCGGCAUCAGGCGUCCCCCGACGCCGGAGCCGGCUCGCCCACUCCUCCAGUUAGUUGUAAAGAGCCGUAAACGCGCCGCGUUUUACGACACCGUAGAUGAGGCUGGCGGCGUGCGUUACUGCUCAGCGUGGAUCCGGCUCUUUGGGACCUGCUUUUGCGGGCGGGAAGGCGGCAGAUAGGCAUUUGGGAAGGACUGGGGCCAGCUACAAUUCUCUCGGCGGUCUCCUUUCCCCCGUGGAAUUUGAAAUGCUUUACCUCAUCGGCUUGGGCCUGGGAGAUGCCAAGGACAUCACAGUCAAAGGCCUGGAAGUUGUAAGACGCUGCAAUCGAGUGUAUCUGGAAGCCUACACCUCAGUCCUGACUGUAGGCAAGGAAGCCUUGGAAGAGUUUUACGGAAGAAAGUUGAUCCUUGCUGAUAGAGAAGAAGUGGAACAAGAAGCAGACGAUAUUUUAAAGGAUGCUGAUACCAGUGAUGUUGCCUUCCUUGUAGUUGGUGAUCCAUUUGGGGCCACAACACACAGUGAUCUUGUUCUGAGGGCAACAAAGCUGGGAAUCCCUUACCGUGUCAUUCACAAUGCCUCCAUAAUGAAUGCCGUAGGCUGCUGUGGUUUACAGUUAUAUAGGUUUGGAGAGACGGUUUCUAUCGUUUUUUGGACAGACACUUGGAGACCAGAAAGCUUCAUGGACAAAGUGAAGAAAAACAGACACAGUGGCACGCACACGUUGUGCUUACUCGACAUCAAAGUAAAGGAGCAGUCUCUGGAAAAUCUGAUGAAAGGAAGGAAGAUCUACGAGCCGCCUCGGUACAUGAGUGUAAACCAAGCAGCCCAGCAGCUUCUGGAGAUUGUUCAAAAUCAGAGAGCACGAGGAGAAGAACCAGCAAUUACUGAGGAGACGCUCUGUGUUGGCUUAGCCAGAAUUGGAGCUGAAGACCAGAAGAUCGUAGCAGGCACUUUACAGCAAAUGUGUACUGUGGACUUGGGAGAGCCGUUGCAUUCCUUGGUUAUCACAGGAGGCAGCAUGCAUCCGUUGGAGAUGGAGAUGCUCAGUCUGUUUUCCAUACCAGAAAGUAGCUCAGAGUCCCAAAGCAUUGAAGGACUCUGAAUAUAGACAUUUUCAAUAAUGUUAAUUUCAGUCCUAGGUGGAUAUGCACAUUUGUAUAACAAAUUGAACAGGCCUUUUGGUUUAUCGGAUAAGUAUAAAACAAGUGACCAAAAAGAAAGAAGUUCACUCAACAGUGCUUGGCUUCCUGUGGCAGUGAGUUUUUCCCUAUGAGAUCAUUAAUUGUUGCUGCUAUUUCGGCAGUUCUUCAGGAUGCACACCCAAGGAGGAGACCAAGCUGGAAAACUUGGGAAUAGACAUGCAUUGACAAAAUCAUUGAAAAGCAGUUUUUUACUUAUGAAAUCAGUUUAUGCAAGACGGUUGUUACUGAGUAUAACUCACAGAUUAACUGCAAAGUGAAUCCCUGGAAUCCAGUUUUAAAGGGCAAAAGAUGUGAAGAAUGGCAAGAAAAACAAACGAAAGAUUGGUAACAGUUCGCAUAAUAUUUUUAUAAUUUUCUUCUUUCUUAAAAAGUCAGCUGCCCUGACUGCAAAGAUGUGUUUCCUGACAGCAGCUGGUGUUAGUAUAUAUAAAAAUACGGGAAGAAUAAAUUUCCACCCAGUAGUCUUACUUAAAGCUCGGCUGAGACACGCCACAAAAUGAUCCCCUUCUGGAUUGGCUGUCUUGCUGACAUCCCUGUUAUAUGGCUCAUCAUCUGCUAUAUAUUGGAGGUUAUGUAAUUGUUUAAUUGUAAAUGUUUAGCCAGCCAUGUACAGUUGCCAUUUGUUUUUAAAUAGCAUCUUUAUAUAGUAUCUUUCAUAUCCAAGCAGAUAAAUGGAAAACUUGCUGACUCCAAAAUAAAAUUUUUCUAAAUUUAAGUUUGAAGGUAAUAAUGGAUUAGUCAAGAUUUGUCUUAUCACUUUAAUAUGUCCCCCCCACAUACACACAGUAGAACCUCCAUAGCUGACCACCUCCCUUCAUUGACCACUUCAAGUUGACGUAAUUUUCGUGGACUGGACACACCACCUGUACGUAUCAGUACAGUCAGCCUAGUUUCUUAUGUUGAUUAGUUUGUUCCAGUCCCUUGAGUGGUUAACUUCCAGAGGUUCUAAUGUAUAUAUCCUAGUAGUCAUACUCAUCAUACUGGUUUUAAAUAACACUCCAUUUAUUAUAUUUCAUGGCCAUAGAGUUUUAUACCUUUUGUCAGUUCAGAAUAAAAAUAGCUUUGCUAUGUGACAGUUUACUUGGUCCAAUUCUGAUUAUUUCCAUGGCCUAAUCAUUUCUUUUGAGCUCUUUGCUUAGUACACUUGUUGAAAGUUGAACAAAGAUUUUCCUGCUUCUUAGGAUCAUCAGUUAGCUAAGAUUAUUUUGACAGAUUUUCAUUUGGGAUAAAAUAUAUUUUAUAAUGUACGUGAAACAUUGCAUUUUCAAUCUGUUAGACAGAAAAGGGGAGAGAUGGAGAACCGGUUCUAUAUUAUUUUCUUCUGAGGUGUUAAACAAUUUAAGAAUUAUUAUUAUUUUUAUUUUUUUAAUUUUUUUUAUUGCUUCAAGUUCAUUGAGGGUACAAAGAAUUAGGUUACAUGGUUUUGCAUUUGUUAGGUAAAGUCCCUCUUACAAUUGUGUCCUGCCCCCAAGAGGUGUGCCAUAUACUUAACCUCCCAUCCCAUCCCCUGCCCUGUUCCCUUGUUUUCCCACCCCCUUCCUUGAAUUGAUUUGCAUUUUUCUCUUCUGUAGGUAUGUAUUAGAUUGUCUACUGGCUUCAUAUUAAAAUUGAGUACAUUGGAUUCUUGCUUCUCCAUUCUUACACUUUACUGAGAAGAAUGUGUUCCACCUCUGUCCAAGUUAAUACAAAAGAUGUAAAGUCUCUAGCUUUUUUAAUGGCUGAAUGAUACUCCAUGGUAUACAUACACCAGUUUGUUAAUCCAUUCCCGGGUGGGUGGGCAUUUAGGCUGUUUCCACAUCUUGGUGAUUGAAAUUGAGCUGCAAUAAACAUUCUAAUGUA